CGCACAUUUAUUUUAACCAGGAAAGCGAACAAAAUUACAUUUUCGUGUUUGAGAAGUGACUCGCUCACAAAAGAAAACGAAACAUGGCUGUCAUGCAGAUGGUAACAGCACCUCUUUUAUCAGUCAUCCUUAUUAUUUCUCUCACAUCACUAAACACAUAUGCAAAAGAACACAGAAAUAAUUGUACAACUGAAAUUUCUCCCACUGUCAUUAAAAAUUUAACUCGUCUAGUAAGAUCAGGCAAACAAGUUUUCAAUUUUGAAGUCCAUAUAAUUGAUAAAAAAAUUGAUGGCCUUCUCAAUCCUGUGCCACUAGAUUAUUUUGCAAAUGCGAGACGUUUCACAUGGAUUCCAGAUAAACCAGAUGGUUUAGUAAUGUAUAAAAAUGUCCUCUUUGACUUUUCAAUUCGCUCAUUUAAUAUAUUAGACGCUUACAUUGCUACUCCAAGUAUUGAUAUCGAUAUGAAUUGUGGAAAACAAAAUGUUCAGCGAUACGAUGUAAUAUAUUCGAUUUUCGAGGAAUUAAAGAGAAUCGUAUUUAUCAAUGAAUCGCAGAUGGGAGAAUCUGGAUAUAUGUGUUUCUUUAUAAAUUUGUCGCACGACAUGCAGAAGAACAGUCCUUAUACGUUAUUAGCGUACAGAAUAUUGGGUAUUUAUCGUGAGAUACUGAAGAAUUAUUGUUGUGAACUACAUAAAAAUGAUAAUACUACUUAUGAACCAAAAUCCAUUUGUUCUGGAAAUACCAUUGAAAACAGUAUGUUUGUCAAUUGUGCAAAUGUUGUUGGAGCAGUUCUGUUGGCCAUAUUUCCAUUGUAUAUCAGGUUUAUAUCAAAAGCUAAAUUACCUCCGUAUUCCUGCAACCAGCCACAAUCAGGUAACGAGGAAGUGCAUUUGGAAACUCUACUCUCAUCACCAAAUUCAAAUGAACCUAACCAGCAACCAUCAACUAACGAGGAACUGAAUUCUCGAAAUGAAGACACAUCGCCGAAUUCCCUAGAACCUAACCAGCAACAGUCAACUAACGAGAGAUUAAAUUCUCAAAAUGAAGACACAUCGCCAAACUCCCUAGAACCUAACCAGCAACAAUUACCUAACAAUGAAUAUCUAUCUAUUGCAAUGCUUGCUAAACCUGAUAUUGUCGGUGGUAUAUGGUUUGUUGCCAUGUUUUUCGUUCACGCUUUUACAGUUAUGAACGCUCUUCAGGAACAUUAUAAAGGGAUACUAGUUCAAUCAAUAAAGUUUACCAAAAUUAUAAAACCAAAUUUAGUUCAGUUAAAAUAUGAAGAGGAAUACAUUGAUGCCAAAUUGUUUGAAGCAAUCGUUAACGAGUAUUUUCCUUUAAGUUACGAGAUUGGUAAAGCCAUUAUAAAAUUAAUUCUAAUCGUAUCUUUUUUCUUUGCUUGCAAUAACAUAAUAAAUCGAAAGGAUUUGCAUCUAUCAGCAUUCGCACGGAUUGCUUUGAUAUUGAUGACUUCAUUGAUGCCAAAAAUAUUGUCGAAAAUGAAUGCUAAAUUUCAUUUUGAUACGUCUCUGUCACACAAAGUUAUUCACACAAUUUAUGAACUUCCAAAAGGAAAUGAAUCCAAUUGA